CCCCCCAGCCGUGCCCUUCGGCCUUCGUUCCCAAUUCCUUCUUCCUUCGCCGCGACUCCUCCAGACUCGGGCCACAAGACAAGCCUGAUAGCGCCGCACAAGAGAGGAUUUCGAGGGGUUUUGCCCGGUCGGCGACCCGGAUCGAGAUCGCGACGCCAUGAGCGAGGUCUUCGAGGGCUACGAGCGACAGUACUGCGAGGCAUCCGCCUCCCUCACCCGCAAAUGCACCGCCGCCGCGGCCCUCCAAGGAGAGAAGCUGAAGCAGAAGGCGGUGGAGAUCAAAUCCGGCAUCGAUGGCGCCGAGGCCCUGAUAAGAAAGAUGGAUCUUGAAGCAAGGAACCUCCAACCAAGCAUUAGAGCUGGGCUCCUAGCAAAGAUCAGGGAGUACAAGUCAGAUCUUAAUAACCUCAAGGGAGCGUUGAAGAGGAUUACUAGUGGCAAUGCACAGCAAGGGGUGAGGGAGGAGUUGCUGGAGUCAGGAAUGGCUGAUGCAUUAGGGGUUUCUGCUGAUCAAAGAUCAAGAUUGCUCAGGGCAACUGAAAGACAGAAUGAAACAACUGAUAGGCUCAGAGAUAGCCAUAGAACUAUGCUGGAGACCGAAGAUCUUGGUGUCUCCAUCUUGCAUGAUCUGAGUCAACAGCGCCAAUCUCUCUUGCAUGCUCAUCGUGUAUUGGAUGAUGUCGAUGUCAACGUUGACAAGAGUAGGAGGACUAUUGGAGGCAUGGUGAGGAGAAUGGACAGAAAGAAGUGGAUCAUCGGUCUCGUCAUAGCCGCCCUUGUCCUGGCCAUCCUAGUGAUCCUGUAUUUCAAGUUCGUGCACUAGGUGCAUUGGGGCAGUAGUGUUCUACUGCAACCAUGAUGAAGGCAGCCAGCUGUGAAUUUUUUUGUUCUAUCUGCACUUGGCAACCUGUGUGUUUUUCUUUUCUAUUUUCCUUUUAUUUUGUUCAGAUCAUAUUUUUGUGGGGGUGUGCUUGUAUGCUAUCGAAUGUGUUUCGAGGAAAAGUUGAGACCAUCAGACAGUCUCUUGUAUAUCAGCUGAUUGCUUUUUGUUUGAAAGACUAACUGAACGGGCAAUAAUGAAGCAGAUUUAAGCAUGU